AGUCUUUUCUUUCAUUCUGAGCAAAUGGAGCCGCUCUCAGCGCUGCUUCCGCCAUGGUUUUCCGUGCUUCCGCCUCGGUUGCGCACCAGAUUCCUUCCUCCAAGCGUCUUUGACACGCUGGCCAUCGAUCGCCUCACCAACGCUGUUCUAAUGAACAACUGGGCGAGGACAUUCUCGUGCACCCCGCAGCGCAUCCUCUUCCCGGAGUCGCCCGAGCACGUCCAGUCCAUCGUCCGCGCCGCCCGCGCUGCCCAGGCGCAUGUGAAGGUGGUCGGCCGCGCGCACUCGCCGUCGGACUUGGCGUGCACGUCAGACACGCUCGUCUCGCUCGCCAAGAUGCGCUCUGUCAUCCACACGGAUGUAGAUUGUGCGACCGUCACUGUCGAGGCGGGCGUCGUCUUGGCCGACCUCCACCUGCACCUCGCCAAGCACGACCUGGCCAUCUCCAAUCUGGGCGCAGUCUCAGACGUCACCAUUGCCGGCGUCAUUUCAAGCGGCACGCAUGGCUCUGGUGCAAACUUUGGAAUACUGUCCACGAUGAUUCUCGAGCUGGAUAUCGUGGUGGCCGAUGGACGAUUGCUGACCUGCUCUCGGAGCGAAAACGCGGAAUUGUUUGCAGCUGCUCAAUGCGGACUCGGCGCGUUCGGAAUCAUCACACGCGUCAAGUUGCAAUGCGAGCGUGCAUUCUUGUUGUGGGAGCGCUCAACCCCAACAACGCUGACUGAGGCGCUGGAGCGAUUACCGGAGCUCAUCACGUCGUCCGAGCAUACCAAGAUCCUGUGGUAUCCCUACACAGACCACGCAGUUAUCAUUGAAGCGGACAGAGCACGCACGUUGCAAAAGACAAAGCCACCGUCUGCCAUAAGCUCGCUUUGGAGCCAUCACCUUGUUCAAUUCGCGUAUUGGCUGAGCACUUUUCGACCAGCGUGGUUGGUGCCCCUCUGCAAUCGGCUGUUUGUCCGCCUUCUCUUGUCAAAUGCUACGUCUCGUGUUGACGACAGCUACAGGAUAUUCAACUUUGAUGUGCUCUUCCAACAGUACGUCUCUGAAUGGGCCAUCGACUGGGUGGAUGCACCUGCUGCUCUGAGACGGAUUCGCAGCGCCAUCCACGACAAUCCUGACAUUCACGCACACUUUCCUAUCGAAGUACGAUUCGUCCGACGAGAUGCCAUUCCGCUCAGCCCAUGCUAUGGGCGGGACUCAUGCUUUAUUGGCAUUAUCAUGUAUCGCCCGUACGGGAAGCCAGUCCAAACAGAGCCCUACUGGUCAGAAUACGAGAGAAUCAUGCGCGACUUUGCUGGUCGACCGCAUUGGGCCAAGGCACAUAAACUUGAGGCCGAGCAAUUUCGUCAACUCUACCCUUGUUUUGACGCCAUGGCUCAACUUCGGGCUCAGCUGGAUUCAAGCGGGAUCUUUUUGAACGACAAUCUUCGUCGCGUGUUUGGCCUGCGGUGAUUUUCUCUCUCUCUCUCUCUCUCUGUCUCCAUCUUACCUUUGUUUCCAAAGCGUGAUUUUGUCCUGUUGUCGCCCUACUGCCAUUGUAGAAUAUACCGGGGGCGACGAUGGAUACCAA